AUGCUUGAACUGGGCGUAGGUGGCCAUGGUGUCUUCUCGGGAAUUGAAGGGGUUGGACUUUCGAACACAGAGGCGAGCACUGCGCGUAAACGAGCUCUGAGCUUGCUCAACCACAAGACGUGCGUUCACAGCGGCGGCCGUCAGCUGACUGGGCGCGCGCGGCCCGUACCCUCGCUUAAGUCGAUGCAGCUACCCUCCGCCCGCGCG